AUGCUAACUGUUCCUUCUGAGUCUAAUUUGUUUAAAUACACUGAUAAUUAUAAUCUCAGUCAUUCGCUGAUUCAUUCAAAUGACAAUAGUCAUCAUCGUCAUCAUCAUCAACAUUACAUUAAACAAUCUCAUUCAUCUCUGACCGAUCAAUCACAUCUUAUUGUUCAACAAUGCAAAUCUACUGGAAAUAUUGAACCUGAACCUUUAAAUAAUAACAGUAAUACAAAUAUUUCAUCACUUGAUGAAAAUAAUGCAUCCAACGUGGAUGAUGGUGAUGAUGAUGAUGAUGAUAAUGCUGAUGAUGAAAAGAAGAAUAACAGAUACUGUACUUCAAGGAGUAGCAGUAGUAUAUUAACGCCUAAUAUUCUAGUUCCUUAUCAGAAUACUACUCAAUCACAACAACAUCAACAAAAUGAAUUUCAUGAUGUCUCUUCCACUUCUUUACUAAAAUCAUCAUCAUCGUCAUCACCUUUAAACAGCUCACUUUCAAAAUCAUUAUCACUAAAUACUACUGAUGGUGUAUUUUCAACUAAUAACAGUAAUAAUAAUAAUAAUAAUAAUAAUAACGGCAAUAAGGAAACUAUGUUGAAUACGGCUAAGUUAUUUAACAAUAUUCAUGCUAAUAAACAUCCACUGUACAGCUUAUCAUUUCCAGUGGAUUAUUAUUCAAAUAAAUUAAAUGAGUCUAAAAGUCAAUUUGAUAAAUGUAUUAAUAAUGCCUCGGAAAAAAUGCGAAGUAUUACAAGCAAUCAUGCAGCAGGUGAACAAUUGAAUCAAAACCCAAACAACAUUCAUUCUAAUCAUGCCGACGAAAUGUACUACAGACAAUCAUCAUUUUUACCGUUUUCAUCUCAAGCACCGAAUGAAUAUAAUAAUCCAGCUACAGAAUUCAAUAUUGGUCGAUCAAAUUUAAACCAAGCAAACUAUUAUUAUAAUCAGAAUACACCUGAAAGAAGUGCAAACAAUAGUAAUAAUAAUACUAAUAAUAACAAUGAACUAGUAAAUAGCCAAUCAGACAAAAAAGAUUUACAAAUAAUAAAAAAUAAAAAAUCCGACUUCAUAUUAAUCCGUCAACGUAAUCGACGGAAACCACGUAUUUUAUUCUCUCAGUCACAGAUUUAUGAAUUAGAACGUCGAUUUAAACAACAACGUUAUCUAUCAGCACAAGAACGUGAACAAAUGGCGAAUAAUUUAAAAAUGUCAGCGCAACAAGUAAAAAUAUGGUUUCAAAAUCGAAGAUAUAAACUGAAAAGGCAAGUUCAAGAUAGAAAUCUAGAAGAAGCCAGUGCAUUGCAUCAAUUACAUAACUAUUCAUUACCAUUGUUACAUCAUUCGAGAGAAUUAUAUAAUCAUGGUGCUUCGAUUACAGACUCAUCCUUCUCACGUCUAUAUAAUAAUAUCACCAAUAGGCCAAAUGAGAUUCAUCAUGAAACUGAAGAUUUAAAACAACAUGUUCCUAAAUUUAAUACUUAUGAAUGGGCGAAUAUAUUUUCCAAGACAUACAAUCACUAUAACAAGAACACUAAGAAUGCCGAUAAUAACACUGAAGGCUCUAGUUUACUGAAUACUUCAGAUAUACCUUUACUUAACUCCUCAGCUAUAAUCAAUGAAGAAAGGCCUUUUAAACAUACAAAUCAAUCAUCUUCAUUAUCCAACUAUACUGAUUCAAAGUUAUUUACUAGUCAGUUUAGCAGAGAUACAUUCACAGAUCUAAGUCAUUCAUUUCGUCAGAUUGAAUCAAAGUCAUCGUUGUCACCAGUGUUACCCUCAUCUCAAUCUAGUUCAUUUUAUCACACGUUAAAUACAACACAAACAUCUGACUUGUUACCAUCAGUUUACAACCAUCAUUUGUCUUGCAGCAAUCCGACAUUAUCUCAGUUUCAGCAUAAACAUGAACUACAUAAUGACAAUAAUAACAAUUACAGUGAUAAUAAUAAUAAUUAUUAUUAUUAUCCAUCUUUAUAUCCAUUUCAUAAUUAUUAUACAUCUAACAAUUCGACUGAAGGUUUGAACUUUGACACUACUUUGAGAAAGGACACUAAUCAGUCAGAUUUAUCUGUUUCAAUGUUGAAUAAUCUUCGAAAUCAACCGUUAACUUUGAAUACUUCUGACAUGUAUGACAAUUAUUAUCUUAUGAGAAAAAGACUACAGUCACGACAAUCACCUUUACAGAUGACACCAACAGUAACAACAGCAACAACAAUAAACUUGUUGUCUUCUACAGCGGUAGUUGCUGCUGCUGCAGCCGCUGCAGCAGUUGCAGAAUCUGUCAAUCCGUCAGAUAAGUUCAUAAAAUCAGAAGAAGUCUCCUCAAAAACGAACUGGUUGUCAAAUAAUUCUUUCCCCGCAUCUGGUCUAUCUAAUUCUUUUAAUGAAUUAAUUAUAUCAACGAAUAAAAAUCAGUGUCAGGCAGAUGAAGCAAGGAAAGUAUCUUCACCAAUGUCACAUUCAGACUAUAUACAACAAAAAGAAGAGUACAAUGAUAAAAGUGAAGAAUUUCAUUCAUUUCCUUAUCAUAUAAAUAAAUUUGACUUAGAGUAUCAAACUGUACUGAAUGUAGCUAAAGCUGCAUUUCAACGUGAAAAUAUUCUGUACAGAAAUAAAUCUCCCUUUCUAAAUGAGCAUGCCAUUGAAGGAAAAGUAACAGAAAACUGUCAUGAUGAAACAAUACAAACAGAUGUAGAACCAAUGAAUAGAAAUGAAGAAUCAGAUAGUUAUUCUCAAGAAUAUCAACAAAAUCUUCACAGUACAGCUAACACAUUUGAUUUAAGUUGGUCGCACAAUAGACUGAAUAAAUCAAGAAUAAUGUUAGAUGAUAAAGCUUAUAACUCUCCUCAUAAUUUAAGUUCAAAUUUUCCCGCUUAUUCAAAUAUUCAACCUACUGAUAUAAUUAGACGAAUGUCUAAUUAA